AUGCGUCGAUCUCUUGAAAGAAUAAAACCAUCCGUUGCUCAGCCAAGAGCGGCUUCGACUAACGAUGUGACCGACGGCAAAUCUGUGGCGGUUUCGAAGGAGAAGAAGAAAAGGCUUUCAUCUGUUAAAGAAAUCAAAGACAUCUUGGAUUGCGACAGGCCGGCUGACGUUUAUUGUCGCUUUCAUGACUCUGAGUCCGUCCUAUGUUUUGCCAAACUACCAGGCGGCGAUUUCACUGAUGUUUUCUAUCAUCAUUUACGGAGUAAUAAGACCCAAAGCUGUCAAGUCCUGACUUAUCCAAGCUACCACGCCAAGAAAGGGGAGUGCUACAAAAACCCAGCAAAGCUUGAGGCCAAGUGGACGGAGGCAGUGGAAGAGGCGAAUACUAGCAGCAAAGGUUGGGAGAAAUCCAAAGCGCGAGAUAUUGAGAAGUUCCGUCAUCUGAUUCCCCUCCAGUGCGACAUCGACAUUGAAGGCAUAUCCUUCGACGUCAGCGCUAUCUAUGUCAAGUUUCCUACUGCUUUCAACGGCACCUUGAGCAUCGCUUUUUUCAAAAGCCCUGAGGAGCCGUAUAAAAUUUUGGAGUUCACUCGCGCUUACCCGACUCAUCUGGCAAGAUAUGAACUAAGGUAUCACAGUCUUGAGCCUCCUAUCGAUAUUGGGGCCGGCACUUUCGGUAAUCUACACAUGAGAGCUCAUGUGUCUUACGAUGGAAAGAAAAUCGAUGUCACUCUGCCAAAGGAUUAUGUCUUCUUUUUCAAGACAAGCUCCGGAGAACAAAGCGGUUCGAAAGACCAAAUGUUUAUCUUUCUCUUGGGGGAAUAUAAUAAAACGUUUGCCGUUAUGAAGUUCGGUGACAAAUGGGCGUUGAUGACGGAUGAAGCCGUUACUGAACGUUAA